AUGAAGAAAAACCAAAGACAAAAUAAAGCUGCUACCAUAGACAGGUCUGCAGGCAAAGAGACGGUACCCUUGAAAACGUAUAACCUCCGGGAACGGAAGUACGAGAGUGGACAACAUGGACAAGGCACACCAAACAUGAGAAACCGUCGAAGACAAACUGCGAAAGCUAAUGCCAGAGAGGGUGCAGUAGUGGAAGAUGAGGCAGGACCCCGAAAGUCAAUCAAAUCCCUGAAGAGGAAAUAUGAAGAUGAGCAAGAUGAAGUUAACAGCCCCACGAAACAUAACUUUAAACGAAGAAGAACCCAUAUGAGGCAAAAUGAUCAAGGUACGAAAAGGAAGGCGACAUCAUCGGUCAGAGGACGUAGAAGUCAGCCUUUGGCAAAAAGAAACCCUAAAGAAAAGCGGAGGAAAAUACAUAAUGAAAAAAUUAAAGCAUCAUUGAAAAACUCGGAAGAAAAUACUACUUAUAACUUAGUAUUUCAGACAAAGGAAUAUAAAAGAGUGACUGGAUCUACAACAAACAAUGCUGGCAACAGUGGAAAAAGAGUAAACACGGACACGGAUUCCAAAUUGAGGCAGCAAAUAAAGAGAACCCGAAAAAGUAAAAAACGUUUUCCGAAAGAAACUGACAAAUCAAGGAAAAAUAAGCGGCAAAAGACCUCGAAUCCCCAAGGUAGAAGUCUUGUUGUUAAAAAAUAUAAUCAAAAGAAAGAAAAGGAACAACGUAUAUCAAAUAUUCGCCAGAGUACACAAGCUGAAAGAUGUAAUAAGUCAAAAGAAAAGAUAAACAAACACAGUUUACAGAAAAAGAAAAGCAGUUUGGUGGCCAAAACUCAGGAUAUUGAUGCAUCGACAAGCCAAACAUCUAACAAAGAUUUUACUAACUUAUUUUUGAAGAAAAUCACAGUGCAACUUCAUCCUAUAUCAGGAUCCCUGGGAGAGAUACAUGAAAUCAGUGUAUCUCAUGAUAAUUUACUUUGGGUGAACUAUUUGUACAAUGCUGUACAUCUUCGAGACACAGCAGGCAAGAUUCUCAGAUCUUUCAAAUUGGAUGCUAGAGCUGUAUUUAGUUGUUGUACACCUGGAGGUGACCUUCUGUUGACGCAGGGUUAUGGUGGCAAUUCUAAGCCUGUCAUAACUCUACUAUCAAGAAAAGGGAAUAGCAAAGUUCUAGCUGAUCUUUCUUCUUAUGCUACUUAUCUCUUUGGAAUAUUGUUUAAAGAUGAAAGAAUAUAUGUUGUUGCAAAUCGUGCAGACAGUAGCAAGUACUUUAUUGUCAAACUGGAUAUGAAUGGUGAAGUUGAAUCUGUAUACAAUACAGAAAAUGCACAUGAUAGUAUAAAUCAGAUUAUUUUUCUAAAUGAUCAGAUAGUUGCGUUUCGCAUUAAUGCUGUUGAUAUGCUUCCCCUAGAGACUGGAGCAAUUUCCUCUGUUGCGAUGAAUAAAGUGAAUAUACGGAACUCAUACUCAGGAAGUGCAUCUACUGACAAUCUUGGAAAUGUAAUCCUAGGUUCAAAUGCACAGCUCUUCGUCAUCAACCCAAGUCUAGAGUUCGUGCAUAAACUAGAUACUGGUAUUUCUGGCCGACUCAUUUCAACAGCUGUAGAUCAGCAAAACCAGUUGUGGUUCGGUACCGCCGAUGGAAAACUAUACUCAACCAAAUAUCUUAAAUGAUUCUAUAUGUACAAAACACC